UUGUUACUGUACAGCCAAGAGUUCAGAGGCUGAUGAGGUGGUACUAGAGGACAAGAAUAGCUUUCGGAGAUACGAGGUCAAAGAUUUAACAACUGAGUAUCAUGCGCUUGAGAAUAAGAUUAGAUGUCAAAGAAUUGCAGUGGAUAGUUAUUCAAAACCUCAGAACAGUAGUUUCAAAACAAGGUUCUUCCAAAUCUCUAGUAGCAUUGCUUCUCUUAAAUCCCAGCUAGAGAAGUCAGAUCCUAAGAAGUUGAGGAAUAAAAAUGCUUUUUAGUUCAGUUGAAAAAUCAAAUAAGAUUAAUGAAAUAUCCAAUCAUAAGCCUAAUUUCUCUGCUAUUAAUCCCUAUAUCAAUUGCAAGAAGCAAUAUGAUUACCUCGAAAAAGAACUUGAGCACUUACUGAAACAAGCUCAGGAAUUACUGGAGAAACCCGAAGAGCAAAAAUCCAUCCUUGUGGAUGAAUCAGAAAAUCAAUUUUCAUGAUAACAAAGAUAUAGCCAAUAGAGAAGAUAGAAUCAGAUAUGAGGAGAAUAUCCACCAAGAGUCUGAAGAUAUAGACAGACAAGUGUUAUCCUCGAUCGAGUUCAAAACUCUUCAUAGAAAUCUAAUAAAAAGAGGAUGCUUUGCUUUGAGCCUCUAGAUUUUAAUUUUGAUCAACACUUUAAGAUGCUGAAAAGCUUGGACUCUCUGGUACUCCCCAGCCUAAGAGCGUUGGAAAUCGAAAAUUUAAACCCGAGAAAACCUCCGGCUCUUAAACGUUUUCUGAAGAAUUCGUUCCCAAGAAGAGUUGAAGAACUGACUCUAUGGUCUCUUAGAACAAGUACUAUCAACAUGGACAAGUACCUCAAAGAGAUCCUGCAUGCUAGCUAUAAGGUACAAUCUAAAAUUGCCAUUUGUUGAAUAGAUAUUAGCCAGAAAGCAUUGGUAAGGCUCUUCUCAGCAUGCCGGAACAAGGAGCAAGUCAUUUUUAAGGAAUGCUAUUUUUAUGUCGAAAAAGUACCAGACUUUGGGCAUUCCCUGGAUGGAAGUACAAUUAGUUCGAUAUCAUUCUUAUCGUGAAGAAUAUAUGGACAGCAAGGGAUCCGUUUAUCUGGCUUCUCCAAUUUAGUAAAAGGGCUAUCAAAAUCUCAAGAUUUUAAGAAGUCCCUAAAAACAAUUUUAGUCUCCCAAUCUGUUCCAAGAAGACCUUAUUGAAAUAUUCUGUCAGAAUUUGGAUUUGAUAAGACCAGUGUUAGAGUUAUUAAAUAUUAA